UGUUUUAUUGCAAUUUGCACAACAACAAUUUGUUUUAUAGAGUAAACCCAAAAUGGGCGAAGAAACGAGUAAUUCUACGCAGAAUAAAACCAGAACCAAAACCACGCGACCCAAGGCAGUGUAUCAGUGGACCGUGAGCGAUGUUCUGAAGUGGUAUCGACGCCAUUGCGGGGAAUACACCCAAUACGAGCAGCUCUUCGCCCAGCACGAUAUAACCGGAAGAGCUCUACUCCGAAUCACAGAUUCCUCACUCCAAAGAAUGGGCGUUACGGACAACAGGGAUCGGGAAGCCAUUUGGCGGGAGAUCGUGAAACAGCGUCUCAAGACGGACAUCAUGGAAAUUCGGGAUAUGGAGAGGCUCAACAUACACUAGGGGUAGAAAUACGAUUGACACAUAUUUUGUUGUAAAAGUAGAAUAAUUUGAGGUUGAAAUAUAGUUAGGAUCAAAGAUACUAUUUAGACAGAGUUGUUAUGUAAACUUUUUUUAAGAUCGCUAAAAAUCAUAUCAUAUAUAUUGUGUCUGUAUGACAAUGCUAUUCCUUUAACCAAGGUCCAGAUUAUUAUACAAUUUUUAAUAUUA